GAAUGGUAGCCUUGACAACGCAAACAAGCGUGCAGAACAAAAGCAGCCGCGGAGCGAAGUGGAAGCUGCGGCAAGGGCUUGAGCCCGCCUCGCUGCGACUGCCCGAGGGGCGCGGAUCUCGGCGGGGCUCCGAGCCGGCAGAAGUUUGAUGAUGACAUAGGCAUACCAUCCAUACUGAUCUGCUUAGAGCUCACAAGAUAAACAGAAUCGCUAGUAGAGAGUAUAAUAGUGCUGCAAGCACAUCAGGAAAAAGAGUCUCAACUGCCAGCCAGACCAAUCCCUUCCCUAAAAUCCAUCAGGACAGAAUUCCUACGGCAUGUCAGCUUUGUCCCAUACGCGUUCAAUCCGGUCCCAAGAAACCUGCAGCUCCGGAGCCAUUUCAAGAUCAAGAACAAUAUCUCAGCAAACAGCACCACAAUCUCCCAAAUCUGGAAUGGAAGCAACAGCUACACCUUCAGCAUGCACAGAUGAGGAUGAGUCACAGAUGAUGAAAAACCCAUUUAAAAUCCCUUCAAAUACUGAUAUCUUCCUAUUAAGAGACAAGGAAAGAGAAAAAGCUAAGAAGGAACGUCAGCGAAAAAAGACCAUGAAAAUCCAUGAGAAGAUGACCUACUCCAGUAUGAUGAAUGUAAAGCAAUCAGAGUUCAAGAAACAGCUUCAGAAGGAAGAGGAGGAAGAGGACAGAGAACUGGCAGCAGAAACAGAGCGAAUGAGAGCCCUCCAAGAAAGUCUCUCAUGGAAGAUAGCAGUGACCAAAGACCAGCAGGUGGAAAAAGAGAGCCUGCAUGAAUAUAUAAACAAGAAAAGGGAGAUGUUUCGUAUGCAGUACGCCAUCGCAAUAAAGAGAGAUGAGAUUCAGAAGCUGGAAAACCUAGCAGCUGAAGAGGAAGCAAAGCUGGAAAAGGCUGAACAGUACCUGGAGAAGGACGCCGCCAUGUUUGAUGAUUUCCUGAAGGAGAAUGAUAAAAACUCCGCUCAGGCCCUGAAAAUUGCUGAGAGAGAAACCAAAGCAAAGAUGGAUAAAAUAAUAGAGAUCCGUGAGCUUACGGCACAAAUGAUGAACAUCCAAAGUGAAAUAUCCAGGCUUGAAGACACUCUGCAGGAGUACAUGAUGUACAGAGAUUUCCUCUACCAGCUGUCUCCAAAAGAAUGGCAGGAAGAAUACGAAAAGAAGCAGAUGAAGAAGAGGGAGAUGAAAAUGGCCUCUAGGGCAAAAGAAGAAAACACUUCCACUUUGCCCCCUGUGCCCAAAGGCCGGGAGCUGACAUCACAGUCCAAACAAGGCAGGUUUCCUACCACCGGCUCUGCAGAACGUCUGAGUGUUGAUCUCUCUGCAGAGGAGCUUGAACUCAGGCCUCUAAGCCAGAGCCAGAGGAAGGAAUCCAUCAAGCAAGGCAAAAUGCCCUCAAAGCAGCACCCCAAGCCUCUGUCAGCAAGACGGGUGAGUGAGACAGCUUCACUAAAGAUGGAGAAAGCAGAUCCAGUCUGCUCUGAUGAUGAGGAUGAAGAUGAGGCACCAGAGCUGUAUUUUACAGAUCCAAAGCAGCUGCUGAACAUCUUCACCGAGCUGGAAGAGCAGAACCUGUCCCUCAUCCAGAAUUCCCGGGAGACCGAGGAAACUCUAGAUGAACUGAAGCAUGCUCUCACCACGACACAAAAUAAAAUGGGCCGAGAGAUAGCUCAGCUAGAGCAGCUUGAAGUUACCCUGAAAGCCUCCAUUGCCAAAGAAGAGGAAACAGCAAAAGACCUGGCAAUCAAGGCUCAAGUCUUUUCCUUUGGAGAGUUCAAAUCAGAGUUUCAGGAAAAAAUGUUGGCAAGUCUGAGCAAAAAAGUGCUGGAAGUCUAUCGACGUUGUAUUGGAGAAAAUGACGCCAAUCUGGGAACCCUGCAGAUGCUAACAGUCAUAGAGCACCAACUGGAUGACCUACUGGAGUGUCUGGAGAGAGUCCCACAAGCAAAGAUAGAACAGGCUGAGAAAACCAAAGAAAAGGAGCGGAGAAUGAGGCUCAGGGAUGAAAAAAUAAAACAACAGAGACAGCUGCAGGAGGAGAGGAUACAGCGGGCACUGGCAAGAGCACAAGCUGAUAUAAAGAAAAAGACUGGCCGAAGACUGGUGUUUCGUUCUGAGCCUCCCCCCAUCAAAGAAAAGGAAGAUGAGAAUCAAGGGCUAAUUGAUAAAGAGAAGGAAGAGGCUCUCUACUACUUCACUUAAUUUCUCAAGUAAGAUUAGGCCAAGUAGAUGAGAACCAGUUGUGCCAAACAGAAUGCUUUUUAGUUGUAUUCCAGGGCAAUCUCACGAUAAAACUUGUGCUUUUCGAAUUACAUAGAAACUUUGCAAUAAAAGAUUCUUCAUUUUUGCUAACCCCAUCGCCCCAGAUGAGUACUGUUUUCAUUAAGCCCGUUCUUGAAGCCAAACAAUGUUGCUUUAAGUAACUGUUUACCGAGGAAAAUAAAACUAAAGCAACUCCAAUUUUGCAUCUGGACCUUCUGUCAGCAAAAAGAUUUUUCAUAAAAGUUACUCACGCCAGUAGCAAGAUCCCUGGAAACUUGGGAAAUAAGAUUUAUUAUACAGUUGGAUGAUAUCUUAGUUAUAGCAAGACAAAGCUAGACUCCAGCCAGAUGUUUGUUACAAACCUCAUGCCUAUGAGAAAGUAUAAAAACAAAGGCGAUACCCCCUCCCAGGAGGGGAAGUUUUGGGGCUGCAUUAGGAGUUCCACCCCAUUAGUACUGAGCCUUCUAUAGUUGAGAGGGGACAAAGAACAAGCACUGCAGAGGGAGAGAGCUAUCACGUAUUUGUUUUGCAUGAAAGCCUAACUGCAAGAGAUGUAGUUGCUUAUUAUCAAGAACAAACCCAAUGACAAGCUGACCAUAAAAAAAGCUUUAUUAAUCCUUUUUUUUGCACCAGCAGUUCUUUAGGUGUCCAUUGCCAGCAAUGGACUUCAAGCCGAUUGAUCCAAUUCUCAGCCCCAAGCAGUUAGCAAUUUACAUUCACUUACAAAGCCAAGUGAGGUACAUCUUCAGAAGUAGAAACAGAGUCAGUUCUAAGUCCCAUAAAAAGAUGGAGUGGUUCCUCGGCCAUUUUCUUAACUUAAGAAGAACUCGUAUGGUCCACGAGAAUGGAAGGAUCAACAGGUGUUAGGUGAGUUCAAGCAACUCAGCUUCCAGGGACAACGUGGAGACUGUUCUAAACCAAGACCCAGUAACCUGUUCAGUGGUGCCGUGUUCCUGCAGCUGACUCAUCAUCCCCUUUGCCUCUGGACUCCAUGAUGAAAAAAAAAAUACAGCAGUCAAUGGAUGGGUUAAGAUUUCUGCAACAGCUCGCUGCCCUGGAAACCCCACCUGAGGGAAGUAAGAGGUCCCCCUGGGCAUGAGCCGUGAAUUCAAGAGAAAUAGAAAUAGGUAGAGCCAGUGGUCAAAUAGUUAGGCUCAAGAUAGAAAAAUAAAACUGGUUCAACCAGAGGAUAAAAUACUGCCUAAAAAUCAGUCUGAAGUGAGAGUAACCUGUAUACUGCUUUCAAGUCUCAGAAACAAAACAAGUAUUCAUCUGGACACAUACAUAGUUCAAAAGGCACAGGAAGUAAAAGCAUUUCUGAAUGACCUUGGGUGAAUUCAACAACUGUAUAACUGUAAAAUAAAUAAAUAUGUGCAAGAUUAGAAAGAUCACGUUUUUCUGCAUGACAUAUCUUACUCUGUAAAAAAUAUACACAUGUGCACGCACGCACCUCAUUGAAGAAUUAUAAAAAAACCACAUACAUACACCCCUUUAUCAAACUCCUAUACAUAAUUUUAAAGGCAUUCAGUACAUCACCAUUAGAAACAUUUAAGUUACUACCUUAAAACUGAACCAAAGAUUUUUUGUUUCUCCAAAUGAAACUCUAUACAAUCUAUGCUUAUUUGGGUUUAGGAAAUUCAAUUAAGUACAGCACAGACAACCAUUUCUCUAGUAACUGUAAUUUUUCAAAUGAGGCAAUUCUUCCCUCCAUCUUAAAAAAAAAAAAAAAGUCUACCUGGCAAGUGCAUGAUCAGUAAGCCAGCUGGAAGCUCAGUGUUCACUAGAUAUUCUGGAUUUCACUGAAGAUCAAGUAGUAACACAAAAAUACAGUGAAAGAGAUAGUGGACAGUUUAUCAGUAAGUUGGCAACAGUUUUUGUAUUGGACAUAAUCACAGUGCUUGGAAACAAGCAUAACUAAUGUCUGUCAGAUAC